AUGGCCACCAACGGGGAUGUCCCCUCCCUGUGGGACGAAUCAAGACAGCUAGGCCAACUGUUUAUGAUGGGCUUUGAUGGAACUUCUGUCACGGAUCAAGUCAAGGUUCUUAUUGAGAAGUAUCACGUAGGCUCGAUACUUCUCAAAGCUCAAAAUCUGAAAUCUGCUGAACAGACAACAAAUCUGGUCCUUGAACUUCAGAAGAUUGCUCGAAAAGCUGGCCAUCCCGUUCCGCUACUGAUUGCACUUGAUCAGGAGAAUGGAGGUGUCAACAGUCUUUACGAUGAUGUAUAUAUCCGCCAAUUUCCAAGUGCAAUGGGCAUGGCCGCCACGGGUUCCAAAAAGCUAGCCAAGGACAUUGCUCGGGCUACUGCACAAGAGUUGAACUCUUGUGGCAUCAACUGGAUCUUGGGACCUGUCUUCGACGUUCUUACCAAUGCAAGAAAUCAACCACUGGGAGUCCGGUCAAUUGGUGAUGACCCAAAUGAAGUUUCAGCAUAUGGGGUCGAGUGUAUGAAGGGUUACCAAGAAGGCGGAGUUGCCACUUGUGGUAAACAUUUUCCUUCAUAUGGUAACCUGGAGUUCUUUGGAGUGCCGGAUGAUGUUCCAACAAUCACAGACUCACUAGAGAACCUAAGUCAAAGUGCUCUAGUUCCAUUCCGUGCAGCAAUAACGCAAGGCCUUGACUCAAUGAUGGUAGGUGGUGUAGCCAUGGCGACCUCACAAGUCAAUGUGAUGCAUGCAUGUUUGUCGGAACAGAUUGUCAGGGACCUUCUAAGGACUGAAAUGCGGUUUGAGGGCGUGGUAGUCUCAGAAUGUCUGGAAAUGGAAGCUCUGAGCAGAAAUAUCGGCAUCAGUGGCGGAACGGUCAUGGCUUUCAAAGCUGGCUGUGACUUGAUCCUGACUUGUCGGACGCUAUCAGUUCAAGAAGACGCCAUUAACGGACUAAAAGCUGGGUUGGAUAAUGGAAUGAUUGAACGCUUUCGCGUUCAAGAGUCUGUUCAACGAAUACUCAGUUUGAAAUCGCGAUAUACCUCUUGGGAAAGAGCAUUCUCUCCUGCAGGAACGGAAAAUCUCGCACUCCUACAACCCCUACACACUAAUCUCUCGAACUCGGCUUAUAGUCAGUCCAUCACUGUUGUUCGCGACCAAAACCAUUACCUUCCACUAUCUCGAGCCAUCAAAGCAGAGGACGAGCUUCUCCUUUUGAGCCCAUUGGUUAAACCGCUACCUGCCUCGGCAUUAUUCCACCAUAAGCAAUCCGAGUUCUCUACAGCACCCACUUAUGGACGGAGCCCUAGCUUUGACACGAACGCCUCGAUCAUGAGUGGUGAGCAAGUCUUUCGAGGUCUCGGAAGGGCGCUUGCAAGUUAUCGAAAUGGCAAGAUAUCUCAUACAUCGUACACAGCAAAUGGAGUACGCCCUCUACAUGAGAACCUUCUGAGUCGAGCUCAAGGGGUCAUUGUCAUCACGGCAGAUGCGGGUCGCAACAUGUAUCAGAAUGCAUUUGCAAAGCACAUUUCGAUGCUGUGCAAACUAUCAGUUGGGUCAAAUGGCAAACCAAAAGAGAAGCCAUGUGUGGUCGUUGCCGUCAGUUCGCCAUUCGACUUUGCGACGGAUCCUACCAUUGGCACGUACAUCUGUACGUAUGAUUUCACAGAAACAGCUCUCCGAACUCUAGUUCGAGUGCUUUAUGGAGAGAUAUCUCCAACGGGGAUUUUACCUGGAUCCUUCAGCCAGAGGCCUCAAACCAGCCAGGCAAGACAGCAAUGGCUGGUCGAAAGCUUUGGAGAAGAUCGCGAUCGCAAAGCUCUUGACAUGCUGCUUGAGCAAUGUAGGGAUGAGCCAUCUGUCCAUGCGAGUCUUCUACGCAAUACCACAACAAAUACCUUUUUGCUACGUGAUCCAGAUGUGGAGGAGGCGCAUUUCGUGGUCAGGAACAGCAGUACGAAAGAAUUGUUUGGAUUCUGCACGACAUACUAUUUCAAGACCAGCGGUAUUGGGCAUAUUGGAGCAAUUAUCGUUGAUCCGGCUCGUCGGCGCUUGUCUAUCGGACAUUCUCUACAUGAUCGUGCUGUACGAGCUCUUCUCCAGAAGAAGGGCAUUACCAAGUUCCAACUUGGGGUGAGAUAUCCGAAUGUUUAUCUUGGUAUCCCCAAACUUGACCCCGUUGACUCCAAGAGGUUACGUCUUUGGUUUGCAAAGCUUGGCUGGAAUGUUUCUCUCACAAACCCAGUAACGACCAUGACCAUCCGGGAUCUGGUGAGCUGGUCUCCCCCAGAUGGUUUGGGACAGUCUUUGACAAGUUCCGAUGUCAAGUACGAUCUCGUCCAUGGAUCUGACUACCUGGACGUCACUAUGGAUCACCUCACAAGAGCUGCUCGACUUGAUGUACAAGGCAUCUAUCGAGCUGCUGUUGCCUCGAAAGAACAGGCUGGCAUUAUACGUGCUAAAAGAGUCAAUGAUCAAGCUCUACUGGCGAGUGUGUUGGUUCUGAAACCCGAAUUCAAAGGAUCUGAACACAUAGCGUCAUGGAACAAGUCACUCGGCAUGGGUUGUAUCUCAUCGCCAGUGAUCUCAACAAUUCACAGUGACCGAAUGACUUUGUUCCAGGGUAUUCUCCUGUUGGCUCUUCGGUAUUUCAAAAAGCAAUCUGCGCGAUCUGUGAUACUUGAUUAUGCUCGUGAGGACUUCACGAUUGAUGGCCUCAAACAACUCGGGUUCAGCACUGCCAACAGCUUUGACGAAGUCACCAGUGAUCCUGUACACUGGACCAUGAUGACACCAGCUUGA